GAAAUUUUUGACUCUUACAUAAUGGUGUUGUUGGAUCAAUCCUUAUAGGCUAGUAAUUCCCAAAGUGGGGCAAUACUUCUGUUAAUGGAGUUUGUAUAUUGUCUGAGUUAGCACUUAGGGAACUGAUUUAGAUGUCUGUCCUUUGGGCCCCAUCUUCUGUAGUACUUUUUUAGGCAAGGAAGUCCUUGGUUUACUUCUUGUCUUCCUUGUAGCCUCUUCAAGGCAAAGCCCACUUGGUUUUUAUCCCUGGGUCCUGGCAUGUAGUACAUGCUCAAUAAAUUAUUGAAUGGAUGAACAGACAGGCAGAUGUACCCCAGAAUCUGAGGUGUGGAUGGUGGUUAUGGUUUGAAAAAAUUACUUAAGUUCAGGUCUGUCUGAAAAAAAAAGAUUGGUGAAUAUGGUGGUAGGAGGGGACAGAGUGGGGUUGAGAUAAGGACAAGGACUAGGAGAUAUUUUAGGAUAGGUGAGCUUCAGCUCUUCCAGGAAAAGUAAAACAUCUUCUAGUUUCAGAAAUGUCCUGGACCUGUCCUCCUUACCAGGCCUAGUUUUCACUGGUGAAUAACCCCUCCCCCCAGUAUGGUAGAGGGAUUGUGUUCUAUCCUUCCACCUCCCCUGUCUUACUCACUUGUAGGACAUCUUAUUCUCAAAAUAAGAACUAAAUACAUUUUGGAGUUUGCUUCUCCCCGGGUAUGUUCUAAUAAAAAUUUCGAUGAGAAGCUGCUGCAGUAUAAUGCAUUUCAGCUAGGGAUAACCAGAGCCUGUCAGUCAGCAGCUGUGUCUGUCCCAUCCUUUCCAAGGAAGGUCUGGGAUGAGGAAGAAUUUACAUAAAAGGUGGGAGGGGACUAGAGCAUUGAAGGACUGCUGAGGGAUUUCCCCAGGAAGGAAAAGGUCCAUCUGGGAGGCGUUAAGGGUUUGUUGGUAAGCCAGGCUUGUCUAGUGAGCCCAGACAACUCCGCACUGCUCGGUAUUUUUGGCACUAUAGCCACAAAUCCAGUAUGAUUUCUUUUUCAUAUUGACUUCUUAUAAUGUCACUUUAUAAUCAGUAGAUUUCUUAAUCACAAGGCCUAUAAAUCAGAAGAAUUUUGCCUUUGAAAAAUGUAACUGUAUUAAAUGUGCUGUGAUCUUUCCUUGCCCAUUACAGUUCACUUUAAAACAUUUUUAUUGAAAAGGAGAAAUUGCAAAUGCAUGCAUUUUACUUUAUUAGUAUAUAAACACACAUGAUUAUAUUGCUGAAAUCAUUUAGAAUUGAGGCAUUUUUGUAAUUCCACGUAUACAAAGAAAAAUUAGAAGCUGUUCUUUAUCCUUUCUCCCCUUUUUGUUGAAUUCACAAUGACUUUACAGACAUUUAAUGUAAAGGCACUAAAGACAGUUAAAACCAUUAGUCAUCAUGCUUUACUUAGAAUUCAGCAAAGAACACAGUUAAAGAACAAAAUAGCAAGCCUGGUUUAUUUGUCUGAAAAAUGCUUGUCUCAUGGUACUUUAUCUCAUAUGAGGGAAGGAGAGGGAAUCCUUCGAGUUACAUCGUAUAAAGUAGCAAAAAACAAAUACAAUAAAUGCUAGAGACAAUAUUUAUUCAGAAAACAUCAGCGAGUCCAGUGAAACGUGGAGACUGUGAAAUGCUGUGCCAGUCAUUAGAGCCAGGAGUGUAUUAUGAUUUAAUGGUACCUCUCUGCUGCAUCUCAUGAGCUGUCCUAGAAAAACAUUUUGAAGCAAUAAAGCAUCCAUUUGGCUCCUAAGUAAUGAGAGGCAUUGUUCUUUGCAUUAACUAUUUAUUCAGGAAGAGAAGUGACCAACUGUUAAUAAGCUUUGUCCAAAGAGGGUCGUGGAAAACAAGAAAAUGCAAAAGUGAGGUUCUCUUCAAUUUCAUAUGCAAUUAACAAAUAUCCAGAGCUGACUGAUUGGUGCUCCUCUUCCAUGUGACUUUUGGCUGGCUGUAUUUAAGGAUCAUCACUCCAUUCAGAAGGCUAAUGCUGUGUGCUGAGAACAGAAAGGAGAUGGAAGAUUGGAUCAGCUCCCUGAAGUCUGUACAGACCAGAGAACCUUAUGAGGUGGCCCAGUUUAAUGUGGAACAUUUCUCAGGGAUGCACAACUGGUACGCCUGCUCCCAUGCCCGACCCACCUUCUGUAACGUGUGCAGAGAAAGUCUUUCUGGAGUCACCUCCCACGGCCUGUCCUGCGAAGUGUGUAAAUUCAAGGCUCACAAAAGAUGUGCAGUGAGAGCAACAAAUAACUGUAAAUGGACUACCCUGGCCUCCAUCGGGAAGGAUAUUAUAGAAGACGAAGAUGGCCUCGCGAUGCCUCACCAGUGGCUUGAGGGCAACCUGCCUGUGAGUGCCAAGUGUGCCGUCUGCGACAAAACAUGUGGCAGUGUUCUCCGUCUACAGGAUUGGAAAUGCCUUUGGUGUAAGACAAUGGUACACACUGCCUGCAAAGAUUUAUACCACCCAAUAUGUCCACUUGGCCAAUGUAAAGUAUCUAUCAUACCUCCAAUUGCACUAAACAGCACCGAUUCCGAUGGUUUCUGUAGAGCAACGUUUUCCUUCUGUGUUAGUCCUCUGUUGGUUUUUGUCAAUUCUAAGAGUGGAGAUAAUCAGGGAGUAAAGUUCCUUCGUCGCUUUAAACAGUUGCUAAAUCCGGCUCAGGUGUUUGAUUUAAUGAAUGGAGGUCCUCAUUUAGGUUUAAGAUUAUUUCAGAAGUUUGACAAUUUCCGGAUUCUUGUUUGUGGAGGCGAUGGAAGUGUAGGUUGGGUUUUGUCAGAAAUUGAUAAGCUCAACUUGAAUAAACAGUGUCAGCUGGGAGUGUUGCCUUUGGGUACAGGAAAUGACCUUGCACGAGUUCUUGGCUGGGGAGGUUCAUAUGAUGAUGACACCCAACUUCCUCAGAUCCUAGAGAAAUUGGAACGAGCCAGUACCAAAAUGUUGGACAGGUGGAGUAUAAUGACAUAUGAACUCAAAUUGCCACCAAAAGCUUCCCUACUUCCAGGACCUCCAGAAGCAUCUGAAGAAUUUUAUAUGACAAUUUAUGAAGACUCAGUUGCAACGCAUCUUACAAAAAUCCUCAAUUCUGAUGAACAAGCAGUGGUCAUAUCAUCUGCCAAGACACUAUGUGAAACUGUGAAGGACUUCGUUGCCAAAGUAGAGAAGACGUACGACAAAACCUUGGAAAAUGCGGUUGUAGCUGAUGCCGUGGCCAGUAAAUGUUCAGUCCUCAACGAGAAGCUUGAACAACUGCUGCAGGCUUUGCACACAGAUUCUGAGGCUGCACAUGUUCUCCCAGGCCUCAGCCCUCUCAUUGUGGAAGAAGAUGCUGUGGAAUCGUCCAGUGAAGAGUCCCUUGGUGAAAGCAAAGAACAGCUCGUGGAUGACGUUACAAAACCAUCCUCCCAGAAAGCCGUCAAACCGAGGGAAAUCAUGUUGCGGGCAAAUAGUUUAAAGAAAGCAGUGAGGCAGGUCAUUGAGGAAGCUGGAAAAGUUAUGGAUGACCCGACAGUUCACCCUUGUGAACCAGCUAAUCAGUCCUCUGAUUACGACAGCACAGAAACAGAUGAGUCUAAGGAGGAAACUAAAGAGGAUGGUGCCAAAGAAUCAUUAACCGUUAAAACUGCACCUCGGUCUCCAGAUGCCCGGGCAAGUCAUGGCCAUUCUCAAACUGAUUCUCUCCCUGGUCCAGCUGUGGCAGCCAGCAAAGAAAACCUCCCUGUGCUCAAUACCAGAAUAAUAUGCCCAGGUUUAAGAGCAGGACUAGCUGCCUCAAUUGCUGGGAGUUCAAUUAUCAACAAAAUGUUACUAGCAAACAUUGACCCUUUUGGUGCUACCCCAUUUAUUGAUCCAGAUCCAGAUUCCGUAGAUGGAUAUUCAGAAAAAUGUGUCAUGAACAAUUACUUUGGGAUUGGAUUAGAUGCAAAAAUUUCAUUAGAAUUUAACAAUAAAAGAGAGGAGCACCCUGAAAAAUGCAGGAGCCGAACUAAAAACUUGAUGUGGUAUGGAGUCCUUGGAACCCGGGAGUUACUACAGAGAUCGUACAAGAAUUUAGAACAAAGGGUUCAACUCGAGUGUGAUGGGCAGUAUAUUCCUCUUCCCAGCUUGCAAGGCAUAGCCGUGUUGAACAUCCCCAGCUAUGCCGGAGGGACUAACUUUUGGGGUGGAACUAAAGAGGAUGAUAUAUUUGCUGCACCAUCAUUUGAUGACAAGAUCCUGGAAGUUGUAGCAAUAUUUGAUAGCAUGCAAAUGGCAGUUUCAAGGGUCAUUAAGCUGCAGCAUCAUCGAAUAGCCCAGUGCCGUACAGUAAAAAUCACUAUAUUUGGCGAUGAAGGAGUCCCAGUGCAAGUGGAUGGUGAAGCAUGGGUUCAGCCUCCAGGGAUUAUUAAAAUUGUGCACAAAAACAGAGCACAAAUGCUAACAAGGGACAGAGCCUUUGAGAGCACUCUGAAAUCUUGGGAAGAUAAGCAGAAGUGUGAUUCUGGUAAACCAGUUCUCCGAACCCACUUGUACAUCCAUCAUGCCAUUGACUUGGCAACAGAAGAGGUGUUACAGAUGCAGCUGUGCUCCCAGGCUGCAGAGGAGCUCAUUACUAGGAUUUGUGACGCAGCCACAAUUCACUGUCUUUUGGAGCAAGAACUGGCCCAUGCUGUGAAUGCCUGCUCCCAUGCCCUGAAUAAAGCCAACCCAAGGUGCCCGGAGAGUCUUACAAGAGAUACCGCCACCGAAAUAGCCAUCAAUGUGAAGGCACUGUAUAAUGAAACAGAAUCUUUGCUAGUUGGCAGGGUUCCUUUGCAGCUGGAAUCACCACAUGAAGAGCGCGUAUCCAAUGCCCUACACUCUGUGGAGGUGGAAUUACAGAAACUAACAGAGAUUCCGUGGCUUUAUUAUAUCUUACACCCAAAUGAGGAUGAGGAACCUCCUAUCGAUUGCACCAAAAGAAGCAACAGAAGCACAGUAUUUCGAAUAGUGCCAAAGUUUAAAAAGGAAAAGCUUCAGAAGCAGAAGACAAGUUCACAGCCUGUUCAGAAAUGGGGCACAGAGGAAGUUGCUGCUUGGCUGGAUCUGCUCAAUUUGGGAGAGUACAAAGAUAUCUUCAUCCGUCAUGACAUCAGAGGGGCUGAACUUUUGCAUCUGGAAAGACGAGAUCUUAAGGACCUGGGGAUACCGAAAGUGGGCCAUGUGAAGCGAAUUCUCCAGGGAAUUAAAGAGCUCGAAAGGUGCACUCCACAGUCGGAGGUGUGAUCAUAUUGGUGCUAUUCCUUGGAAAAGAAGUAAUUGCCACUUAAUACAAAGUCCUUAGAAGCAAGUGGCUGUCCUUGUACUUUUCUGCAUAGAUAAGUAAGCACCACUGAAGCACCUCUGUGGCUUGAUAUUUUGCUGUGGGUGAAAUUUUGAUUUGAGGUAUUAGAAAACAUUUUUGUGCCAAAAAAUACAUUCCACAAAGCCAUUUUCUUCCAUGCAAACCUGACACGUUCAAAUAUAUUCACCAAAGUAAUAAGGUAGGAGGAAUCUGAGAUGAUUGCAUUGUCUAAAAUGUGGAAUUGCAAAGUUCACUUUCCUAAGAUCUGGUCUGAUGGAAUGUUCUUACUGUGCAACUGCAUAACAAUAAGUGGUUAAAACUUCCAGGGUUUCAUUAUUGGAGGCAUUGGCCAUUUUCUUAAAAUCAUAGGUUAGGAGACUAAAAUAUAAAUUAAGUUGUGUUUUGAAUGUAGGUUGGUAUCACCUCCGACUCCUAGUGCUUAGUGGUCGAAGAAUAUGUUGAAAACCGGUCAGAUAUUAUGAAUGAAUGCAAAUCUUAAUGCACGAUGUUCCUGCCUGAAAUGUCUUUCUUUUUCUUGCAUGUCACAUCUAAUAUUGUAACACCUUAAUAGCUUUAAUGUCAGUUUUAAUGGGAUUUAAUUUAUUACUAAAGUACAUUUUUGUUGGCUAAGGGCACUGCACUUUUCUGUUUUUUAAUGUGGAAUUUUGUGUAAAUAUUCUGUACCUCAGACUUUGUGAACAUAUGUCUGUGCCAUAAUCAACAAAUGAUAUACAUUUUAUGCAGAUCAAUUUUAUUUCAAUCUGUCAUAAGCAGUAGGCGUGCACAUUAAGAAAAUUCUCUGGGUAUUUUCAUAAAAUUACAUGUUCCUUUACCUGACAAAUUUGUUGGAGCUUUCCAAACCAAAAUUUCCACAUUUUGUUUCUAAUUUUAAAUUUCAAUUUAAUAAUUAUUUAAUAUUCUAUUUGAAUUUAUAAUAGACUAUUGAUAUCCAG